AUGGACGACAUGCUUUCUGUGCUCGUCCCGCGAGACGGGGGCGCCGGCAGUGCUCCUCCGCCGUGUGACACGGGCAACGAGUACGACGGCCGCAUGGGCCUGCGCAUCUCCUCCAUCUUUGUCAUCCUGGUCGGCUCCCUGUUCGGCGCCGUCUUCCCCGUGCUGGCCCGGCGCAUGGGUGGCUCCGGGAUUCCGCCCUGGGCCUUUUUCAUUGCGAAGUACUUUGGCUCGGGCGUCAUCAUUGCUACCGCUUUCAUCCACCUGCUGGCUCCCGCCGAAGAGGCGCUCACGAACCCGUGUCUGACGGGGCCCAUCACGGAAUACAGCUGGGUGGAGGGUAUCAUCCUGAUGACCGUCGUCGUGAUGUUCUUUGUCGAGCUCAUGGUCAUGCGAUAUUCCCGGUUUGGGACAGGCCACGGCCACGACCACGGUGAGGAGUCGGAGGAACACCACCAUCUGGACGCGGUCGGGGCAAGCGACGGAGCCUACAAGGACGAUGCCAUCGAGCAAGCCAACUCCCACGUCCCUGGCGACGAUCAUCUGGGCCACUCUCGGGAGCACCGCGACGCGGAGCUGGCCAAGACCGGGGGCACGUCGCUCGAGGACUAUGCGGCGCAACUGACGGCCAUCUUCAUCCUCGAGUUCGGCAUCAUCUUCCAUUCGGUUUUCAUCGGGCUGACGCUGGCGGUCACGGGCGAGGAGUUCACGACGCUCUACGUCGUGCUCGUGUUCCACCAGACCUUCGAGGGGCUCGGUCUGGGAUCGCGACUGGCGACGAUCCCGUGGCCGCGGACGAAGCGGUGGACGCCUCGAGCUGAUGGCGCACGAGUUCAUGUUCAGCACGGCGAUGCGCCGGGCACCGCUCCGGACGGUGCUGGCGGCGUUUGUGCUGCUGUGUCUGGGGGCGGGGCUGAUGGCGCUGUUGGGGAAAUGGGCAUGAUAGGAGUUUCUGGGAUGAUGAUUUCUGCAUCUAAGUUAAUCGAUCUGGCAGCCGUCAAAAUUAAAAAGACUGCUAAAGACUACGGCACAGGCUCGCGAUUUAAAGAGCCUGGCCCCAUUAGUACAUACACUGGCUUGCUGGAUAUGUCCGUCCAGCCUGACUCCAAGAUCGAGGUGGUGGCAGACGCCACUCCUCCAGCGGACGUCGUCCCUGUCCAGGCUGACGACGAUGCUGGUCCGUCGGGGACAGUGUCCAAGAGCCGUCAGAGCUUGUCGGACUUGUUCACCAUCUUUGCAGCCGGCUUCGCGUUGAUCUCCGAUGGCUACCAGAACAAUCUGAUCCUGACGUGCGACUACCUGGGUCGGAAAUGGGCCAUCGUCCUCACGACGCUCAUGAUCGUUGUCGGCGGGAUUCUGGCCACCGCCGCUCAUGGGACGACGAUCAAUGGCAUGUUCUGGAUGCUGACCAUCGCCCGUGGCAUCGUGGGGUUUGGCACUGGCGGUGAAUAUCCCGCCUCGUCGACAUCGGCGUCCGAGGCCGCCAACGAGUUGACCCUCGACCGUCGCGGCCCGUAUUUCAUCCUCGUCACCAACCUGCCGCUGUCGUUUGGCGGGCCGUUUGCCGUCUCCGUCUUUCUGAUCGUCUACAUGGCCUGCCAGCAGUCGCAUCUCAGCACCGUCUGGCGUGUGUGUUUCGGCAUCGGCUGUAUCUGGCCGUUGACCGUCUUCUACUUCCGGAUCCGCAUGCUCAACUCGGUGCUGUACCGGCGCGGCGCCAUCAAGAGGAAGGUGCCUUAUCGACUCGUUAUCAAGUACUACUGGAAAACGCUUAUCGGGACUUGUGGCGCUUGGUUUUUGUAUGACUUUGUGACCUUCCCCAACGGCGUCUUCUCCGGAACCAUCAUCUCCUCCAUCGUGGGCAAGGACGGGUCGAUUCGCAAGACGGCCGAGUGGCAGCUCCUGCUAGGCGCCAUCGCUCUGCCGGGCGUGCUGAUCGGCGCAUGGCUGUGUGACCGGAUCGGGCGGAAGAACACGAUGAUGCUGGGGUUUUCGGGGUAUUUGAUCUUUGGGCUGAUCAUCGGCUGUGCGUACGACAAGAUCACAAACAUCAUGCCCCUGUUCGUCGUCUUUUACGGCCUCAUGCAGAGUUCCGGCAACCUGGGACCGGGCGACAUGCUGGGACUGCUGUCGUCGGAAUCCUACGCCACGGCGGUGCGCGGGACGUGUUACGGUCUGUCUGCGGCGAUAGGCAAGGUGGGCGCCGCAGUGGGCACUGAAGCGUUCACUCCGAUCGAGAACAAUCUGGGCAAGAGAUGGACGUUCAUCAUCGCCGCCAUCUGCGGGGUGGUCGGCAUCCUGGUGACGUAUUUCUUCGUGCCCGACCUGACGGGCGAGGAUCUCAAGUUCCGCGACGAGCGGUUCCGGGCGUAUCUGGUUGCCAACGGAUGGGAGGGCAAGAUGGGAGAGAGCGACCUGAAGGCGGUUGCGGGAGAGGGGAUUCCGCAGGCGGUUGUCGAGGAGGUGGAGAAGGUUGCAGCAUCCAUGCAAAUUGCGUAUAACACAGUCCAGGAAGUAGGCAGGUACAGUAAUUCCGAGCUUCUCCCGUCUGGAACAGGGUUAUUAAUUCCAAGUGAGCAAGCAAGAAAGCAAUAA